UGGAGAGUCUAAGUGUAUCCAUUCUUAAAUGUCAACCAACUCAGUCGAAAAUACUUAAUCAGGACCAAAAGCCUCUUGUCUUGUCAAUAAAAAAAUUAAAAAGAUUUAUGGUUCAAGAAAAGACAAGUUUGGUUACUUGGAUUGUUGACAUAUUAAAGAAAAGACAAUAUAAAGCAACUGCAGAUCCUAUCAAUGAUGCACUUGUUCAUCUUUUGACAGAUAUUAUUUCAUUUCAUGAAGCAACAGGCACAAGUGUUCUUCAUGCUUUCUUCGAACUCAUUCGUGCAGAUGCAAAGGAAAUGACUUGGCUGUUAAACUUGAUAGGCGAAAAACUUCCUCAUCACGUUCUUCCUCAAAUUCACGAGUAUCUUGUCCUUGGUUUAUCUGUCUAUGGCAACCCCUUUCUUGGAUCAAAAAAUGGAGAAGAUAUUAUAAAUGAGGACCAAACCAGUCUGAUUCAUAUAGGAAAUAGCUUAUUCCAACACUUAUUGAGCGCUCAUCCAAGUCAAACUGUCGAGUCACUCACGACCAUUCAAAAACGCUAUCUUGAAUGGAUAUCGGAUCCUUCUGUAUUAUCAACAGGUAACUUUUUAUUACAAUGAUCAACAUGUUUUUUGUCAACAAUCGACUAGACUUUCAAAAGUUUACCCUUGGCUAUUUGCUUUCCUUACCUAAAAUAUCGCC